CACAGAUCGCAUAUGAUAACUGCACAAAAAUAUCAUUUUUAAUAAUUUUAUGCUCAUUAACUCCUUUAGAUUAUUGACUAUUGCAGACUGUAGUAUUGCCUUUUGGCAGCGUUAUUCUGUAUACACUAUUAUUUAAUAUAUUUUUUUUUUAUUGUAAUUUGCUAAUAAUUGUUAAGUGCCAAGUGGUUGCUCAUUGUUACUUGCUAAUCAGUGCUGCUAGUCGCUACUUGCUGUUGCUAAAACUAAGAACUUGUUGUUGGUGGUGUCUUUUAUUUAUCCACUUGUAGUACAUCAAUAUCGACAUUCAACAUUUUUUUUACGAUUUCGUGCACUGCGACGUAAACAUUGAAGUUUCUAAUCAUGGAAUCAGAUAAAUCAACUUUUCAACCUAUAGAUUUAGUUGGAAAAGUUAUAAUUAAAGUUCAAUUAGGCGAUGACAUAAGGAAAGUAUUAAUUCACAAUGAGUCUAUAACAUAUGAUGAAUUAUUAUUGAUGAUGCAGCGAAUAUUUAAUGGAAAAUUAACAGCUAAUGAUGAUCUCACUAUCAAAUACAAAGAUGAAGAUGGAGAUUUGGUGACUGUAUUUGAUAGUCAAGACUUAUCAUUUGCUUUACAAACAAGUAGGGUCUUAAAAUUGCAAGUAUUUAUGAAUAAUUUGAAUUAUCAAGAACGACUGAAAUCAAAACUAAAUGCUGAUGAGCUUAAAAAACAAUUGCGAGAAAUAAGAGAUGCUGUGACAUGGUUAUUAGAUACAAUUGAAGUUACUAAUGAAGGAAACAACAAUAAUAAUAUGUCAAAUCCUAUACAACAAGAACCAGUAAAUAUUACAUCACCAGAAGUACCAACAGAUAAUGGAGUCACUAAAGAGUUUGAUCCAUUACGUAAUUCUAAAGAAGAAAGUUCAAAAACUCCUCAAACUCCACAGCCUGUUAAAUUAGCUGAAGUAUCUCAGGAUAAUAUAGCUGUAUCUCAACCUCAAAGACAAACACCACCAGUUCAGCAGCCUCAAAUUCCUCAAACUAUGUAUAAUGGACAACAAUCUCAAGCAAAUAUGAAUCAACACAAUCCUUACUCUGGAGGGCAAAUCCCACCACCUCAAGGGCCUCAAACUAAGUGGGUAAAUCCUUAUCAGCAACCCGGAAUGCGUGCAUCCUAUCCAACUGCUCAAUACUCUUACCUUUACUCGGCACAGAUACCAGCAUCUGGUUAUUCUCAGAUAACAGCACAAAUGAAGCCACCUACUGGAAAUCAGCCUGUUCAUUCGUUGUAUUAUCCUACAAAUACAACCCCUAACCCACAAUAUUCUGCUUCUCAAUAUCCAGGUCAAUAAUUAAAAGUUACUAUAAUAAAACUGUCAACUGAAUGGACUGAUUUACCAUUUGAAAUAUUUAUAAAAUAUAAAAUUAGUGUUUUAUAAGUACAUUCAAAAUUUGUUUAAAACUUAAAAAUGGUUAUUUGACAAAAUUGAAUGAUGUUGAAUGGUUUAUUAAAAAGGACAAAUGUUUAAUUAAUAUUAUGUAGUGUUUUCAAUUUUAGAGUUUUUUUGUAACUACAAGAUAAUUGUGUUAAAAAUUGACAUGAUAAACAUAUAAAUUAAUAUUAAGAAUUUCCCUCUAUAUAUAUUUAUAUAUAUAUACAUAAACAACAGUUUUGCACAACCUAUUUGCAGAUUUUUACAAAUACUGUAAUGAAAGAUUGAUAAACAUUUUUCAUAUUUUUAGUUAUUGCAUUCCAUUAUCCAUCAGAACCUUUUUAAAUUAUUUAUUUUAUAAAAUUUGAUUGAUAUAUAAUUUUUUCUUGAUAAUAUACUAUUUAAUAAUAUAUAAUUUAAAUUUAUCUACUAAGGUGUUUAUUACAUAAAAUUGUGUUGAUAUAUAUAUAUAUUUUUUUUUUUUGAAAGGUGAAAUUUUUACUAUUCUUCUAUUAAUUAUGUUAAUUUUAUUUUUAAUUUAUUUUAAAAAUUCUGUAUACAUUUAAAAUUUAUUGAAAAAAAUAUAUACAUUAAUAUAUUUAAUUUGUUUAUAUUGUAAUGUAUUUGUAUAUCACUCAUACAUUGUAAUUUUUCUAUUUAGAAAAAUUAAAUAAACUGAAUAAAUAUAAAUAAAUAUCAUUUCCUAGAA